CGACGGCGACCCAAUUGAAUUACAGAAUUGAAAAUGAAAAGUAAACUCAAAAAGAAGGAAAAAUAGAACCAAAUGGUGGUGUUUCCAAGGCAAUGACAUCAGUGGCGGUUGCCAUUAACGGCGUUCGCGGCGGCAAAGGCGGUGGCGGAAGCCGCCGCGCCGUCAGAUGGGCUGUGGAGAAUCUGUUGCCGACCGCCGAUCGGUUCAUAUUGGUUCAUGUUAUGCCCAAAAUCACCUCCAUCCCCACCCCAAUGGGGGAUCUUGUGGCGGUCUCGGAGCUUGACGCUGAUGUAGUAGCGCUUUAUGUUCAUGAUGUGAAACAGAAGUAUGAACAAAUUUUUGUUCCUUUCAAGAAGAUGUGUAGAAGAGAGAAGUUUCUUCUACUGGUUGAAACUUUGAUUCUGGAGGAUGAUAAUCCUGCCACUGCACUUAUGAGAUAUGCAACUGAAUCUGGGAUUAAACACUUGGUUCUGGGUUCUUGUUUUAGGACUUGCAUAGCGAGGAGGCUGAAAGGGGAUUCAGUACCCUCUGCUAUUAUGAGAGCUGCUUCUAGGUGUUUUGAUGUCUAUGUUAUAUAUAGGAGAAGAGUCAUCACACGAACGGCUACUACUGCUCCAUCUAGUGAAACCGACUCGAGGCAGUGGAUGCUCGGUGAUACCGAUUACUAUAGGGGUUCGAGUACAGUUAGCGAAAAAUCAUUUGGAACGCUGUCUUCUUCUUCCAUGUCGAAUGUUCAUCGAAGGGGCGAUAGCCUCGAAGUUAAUUCUACCGAGCAAUUGAACUCUUUGAGUACUCUAACUGAGGAGGAAGAUAUGCAGGCUGAAGUUGAAUCGCUGCAGCUAGAAUUGGAGAGUACUGUUUCCUUGUACAAACAAGCUUGUGAAGAACUUGUUCAUGCUCAGAAGAAGGUUCAGUCACUUACAUCCGAAUGCCUUGAAGAAUCAAGAAAAGUGAACGCUGCUUUGGAAAGGGAACAAGCUUUGAGGAAAGUGGCUGCUGAAGAGAAAGCAAAGCACUUGGAAGCCAUUAAGGAGCUUGAGGAGGCAAAGGACUCACUAGCUAAAGAAGCUUAUGAGAGGCAGCUGGCUGAGCUUAAUGCCUUAAAGGAGUCCUUGGAGAAGAAGAAAAUUGUUGAUACUCUUCUGACUAAUGAUAGGAGGUACAGAAGGUAUACUACAGCCGAAAUAGAAGCUGCGACGAAUUUCUUCGAUGAAGUUAACGUGAUCGGUGAGGGCGGAUAUGGGAAAGUCUACGUAUGCAGUCUCGAUCAUACCCCGGUAGCCAUUAAGGUCUUUCGACACGACAUAUUCGAGAACAAGGACGAGUUUCUGAAAGAGGUUGAAAUUCUGAGCCAGAUACGUCAUCCACACGUGGUUUUACUGCUCGGAGCUUGCCCCGAGCGAGGUUGCUUGAUUUACGAAUACAUGGAAAAUGGAAGCUUAGAUGAUCAUAUCUUGCUCCGAAAUGGAAAACCUCCCCUCCCGUGGUCUAUUAGAUUUAGAAUAGUGUUUCAAGUAGCGUCUGGGCUUGCACUCUUACACAAUUCAAAGCCAGAGCCUAUUAUUCACAGAGAUCUCAAACCGGGUAAUAUCUUACUUGAUAGAAACUUUGUAAGCAAAAUCUCAGACGUUGGAAUGGCUAAGAUCAUCGGCGAUAUCGUGCCUGACAAUGUGACGGAGUAUCGAAACACCAUUCUUGCUGGGACUCUGCAUUACAUGGAUCCUGAAUAUCAGAGAACUGGCACACUCCGACCGAAUUCGGAUACGUAUGCGCUCGGAGUAACAAUUCUGCAGUUGUUGACCGGGCGGCAGCCACACGGUCUUCUUCUGGCUGUCGAGAACUCCAUCGCAAGCGCCUCGCUUGCAGAUAUUCUAGAUAAGUCGAUUACUGACUGGCCUGUAGCUGAAGCUGAGGAGCUAGCUGGACUGGCACUGAAGUGCUUGAAGCUUAGAUGCAGGGAUAGGCCAGAUCUUGAAACCGAAGUUCUUCCAGUCCUUAAAAGGCUUGUUGAUUUUGCAGAUACGUUUCAGAAAGGUGCUGCCAAUCCCCCAAGCCACUACUUCUGCCCAAUCCUCCAGGAAGUAAUGGAGGAUCCUUAUAUAGCAGCCGACGGUUUUACUUACGAGUACGAAGCCAUUAAAGCGUGGCUCGAGAAAUACGACGUAUCACCUGUGACGAAGCUUAAGCUCCAGCAUUCUAUGUUUAUUCCUAACUAUACUCUGCGUUCUGCCAUACAAGAGUGGAGGUCAAGACUGACAUUUUCCUCUUCCUAAAUUUGAAACUUCGGUUUACUUCCAGAUGUGUAUAGUUACGGUAAAAUCUCAUGAAUUAAUGAAUGAAUGUUUAGGAUUGAAU